GCUGAUUGGUGUUCAUUCUUCUUUGGGAGCCGGAAGUGUUCUCAGAAAGAAAGACGGAGCUAACGUUAUUUCAAAUGUUGCGUGUAUAAUGCCUCAAUGUGAAUGUAUUAGAACGUCUAUGUUAACAUAAGCAACCCGAUUCCUUGGACUCCAAAGGUACUGGAAAAGCCCCCCCAAAAGCCCCUAUUAAGGGAAAAAAGAAGAAACGUUAGGGAGAGCGGCAGAAGAGGGAUUCCUCUCAGGAUGGCCUGAAGUGUGAUAGAUGCUCACAAAUGUCACUAACACUGACCGCCAUGAGCGACAGCGCAGUGAUCAGGGGCCAGCCGAAGAUGCCACGGCCCAACUGGGGCCCCUAUAUCUCAGUCAUCACCAACAGGACCACCAACCUAGUAAUCCGAGGGGCCAUGUUGUUCUCGGUUGGCGUCUUCCUGGCUCUUGUGCUGAAUUUACUUCAGGUGCAGAGAAACGUCACCCUCUUUCCCCCUGAUGUCAUCAGCAGCAUCUUCUCGUCGGCCUGGUGGGUACCGCCCUGCUGUGGCACAGCCUCAGCCUUGAUCGGGCUCCUGUACCCCUGCAUCGACAGCCGCCUGGGGGAGCCACACAAGUUCAAGCGGGAAUGGUCCAGUGUGAUGCGCUGCGUGGCCGUGUUUGUAGGCAUCAACCACGCCAGUGCCAAAGUGGACUUUGCCAAUAACGUCCAGUUGUCUCUGACUCUGGCGGCCCUCUCCGUCGGUCUGUGGUGGACUUUUGACCGCUCCCGCAGUGGCUUUGGCUUGGGGGUCAGCAUCGCCCUGCUGGCGACGCUGGCGACCCAACUCCUGGUGUAUAAUGGAGUCUUCCAGUAUACAUCACCAGACUUCCUGUAUAUUCGCUCCUGGUUACCUUGCAUCUUCUUUGCAGGGGUAAUUACUAUGGGAAACAUCGGACGGCAGCUGGCUUUGUAUGAAGGCAAAUUUUGUCAGGAAAAGACCCAUCAGGACUGAGAGAUGUCACCAGGCCUCGGAUCAACACAUCGUCCUUGCACCUACCUGAAACCAGAGAGCAUCUGCAUGCAGCGUACAUCACGGCUGGCUGCCCCUGGAGGAGCCAGUUAGGAAUGUCAAGCAAGACCUGAGCUUCUGAUUGGCUGCCCAGUGCUUUCUUCUGACAAGACAGUAUUUAAUUGGCUGUCAUCGGGCUCUUCAGAUCCUGAGAGGUCUGCUGGCUCGAUCAUUACAUGAGCUGAACAAUGAUAUGUUUCUUGUGUUUUUUCUUCUCUACUUACUUUGCUUUGCUGCUCAUCCCUUUAUCAUUCUUCAGAUCAGCUGGAAUGUGUCAAAAACAACACAAGUGGGGGGAAUCAGUUUUAAAGUCACCUCUUAUCUCUCACAUCCUUCAAAUGUCAUUGGAGGAGCCACAACUGAGAUAAAUGACAUCAAAAUAUACAAUAAACUGUUACUGCUGUGUAUAUAUUGUACAAACAGUAUAUUGUAUGUAAUUAGCUUGUAUCUACAUGUAGGGUUUCUGGAUGAAGGAACGAUGUGUACUGUCUGAACUUGGUGUGAGAACAAACCCUACAGCGUUGUUGUACAAGCCACACCUGCUUAUCACCAACAUGUGUGGAAUCAUCUGAUCCAAAGAACCACGGACGGUGCUUUAUUAUUCAGUGUUUAAAGCUCUGAGGCUUUUGGUUGGAAGUGAAUGCUCCCUACACGUUGAUGGGAUUAGUUUUAUAAGUUCAUUUUAAAUCACAUAAAGUCAUAUUCAGAAAGAAUUCCCUCCUUAUGGAACCAUUUCUAUUUUUAUAUGAACUAUAUAUACCUUUUCAGUUUCUUCAUUAGCAGAAGCAUGGCUCCCCAGCCUACUAUCUUUCCCAAACUUGGUCAUCCUGUGAACCAGAGGUGUUAGUUACCCAACAUGUUCAUUGGUGGAUGGAGGAGGCUGCAGAACUGAAGCAAGUCGUGUUCUUGGAUCUAAACAAAGACGUGUUAGCCUAAUAAUUCCAGAUACAACACAUUGAUAAGUAUAAACUUGUGAAUUUGUUUGCACCGUGUUAUGGUGUUCUGAGCAAUCCUUUAAGAUCCUGUCUGCACAUACUUAGUAGCACAUGUAGUAACACGUGAUGUAUUACUCUGUCCGGUUUCUUUGGAUUUUAACACUGCUGCAUAACUUUUAAAGUCUGUUCAAAAUAUGAAGAUGUCACGCAGUAGGUGAGAGGUUGGUGAACAUAACCCUCCUGGUAGGAACUAAUACAAAAUAAGUAAAGCGGUAGAAGAAUCCGUUUUGGCCUGUUUGAGGUAUGAUUGGAUUGUUUGAGGUAGUGGUUCUGUGAGGGCCCCUUUGAGGACAUUUUAAGACCCCCCCCCCCCCGUUUGAAAACUACUAGUUUAUGGGAUGCUUUAUAACCAUUUAUAAUAAAGCACGAUGGGGCGAGUUACAGCAUCUAAAUUGAAAGUGUUUCUGUAAUUCUGUUGUAUAAGUCAGUAACGAGGCAAACAUUGACAAACCUUUAAUAUGCAUUUUAUACACUUUCUGCAGGUAAUUCAGGAGUCCACUCAAAGCAACCUGUGGCACCUGGAUAUGUGCAAUGUGUUGCUGUAUUAAAGACCAUGGCCUUAUGGGUAACAGCAUCUGAUUAGUGUCUUUCUCAUUAAGUUGGCAACCUAAACAGUUCAGCAGGGAAGGAUGCAUUCCUAUCGAUCGCCAGAUGAAUGAUCAGCAGAAAAUAGACUGUAGACUAGUGACAGAUUUUGUUGUCUGAAGAGUCCUUGUUUCUAACCUUCGUAUUCCAGGAAAACGUCAGUGAGAUUUAACGUGUUUCUGUGGCUGAGAUUACAGCAAUGCAAGUGUAACGCAAUAAGAGAUUUUACACAUAAAGGUAACAAAAUCAUGAUUAAUUCAUUUAUUUAUUAAUACAAUCGGAUAUUAAAUAUUGAACAUAGCAUGAACUUAAAAACACAUAAGCUAUUUAGAUACAUUAAAGUAAACAAUGCAAAUCUACCAUGAUAAAUGACUUCAUAUUCAAACAAAAAUAUAUAUGUAUUAAACUCACACAGCUGUCAGUGUUUUCUAAACAGUGCAACAGGUUCCGUUAUCUUCUGGAACCAACGAAGAUCUUCACCAUCCUUACUCCUCCUCCUGAUGGAGAACAGAAUCUAGUCAACCUGCAUUCUGAAUAAUACAGAUACCUCCUAACCCACUACCUUAAAGGAAAACGACAGAGACAUUAAUAUUGAAAUAUUUGAUUUUUAAUAAGUCAGCUAUAAAUACAACCUGUUUUAUGAAAACCCAUUUGAAAUAAACUGUGCUUAAUUAU